AUUUCCUUUUGGAUUUCAACCGAUUACUUCGCAGCUUCUGACUUCCAAUGGCAUUCAAUUGAUGGAUUUUACCAUCUGUAAGGUCCCUAUUCCAAUCAAAAAACUGUUUUCUGAAAGCUCAAACGCCCCGCCCCUUAACCCAUUUUCAUUUGCAAUUAAGUAGGCCAUGCCGGGGGGUAAAUUGUGAAUAUAAUAAUCGAUUUUUCCAUUUCCAUUGUGCCAUUGGAAAAUUUUAAAAUCACACCAAAGCCACAUAAAGUCUAUUGACCUCUGGAGCAGGGGAGCAGCAGAGAAGAGGCGGAGGAGCAGGAGCGGUGAGCGAGUGAGAGAGUAACAAUUGCAGCAGCCUGAAGAAUAGAUAGGUAGUGCGAAAAGGAGGUCGCAUAUCGAUUAAACACGUGGAGUGGAGGGACGGGGGCGUACAACAGGGGAGAUUGAGUCAGAGCCUUUGUGGGGAAGGGGUGGGGUGUGGUAUGGCGGGUGGCGGGUGCGCUGGCAACACGUUUGAUUACCGCGUGUAAACAGCAACAAUAAGCGCUAGACUGCAGAAGUUGCAAGGACCCGCCCAAACGUUGUGCAACAUUUUGUGGCAGUCACAUGCCAGCGAAGCCCCAUGAUGGACAAUGCCAAUGCACUUUUCACAAUGGACGAGCAGCCCAAUGGAAAGCCACCCACACCCAAGGCGAAGCCUCCCGAGAAGCCCCUCCGAAAGAGAACCCAAACCAAAGCCAUAGCCUCGGCCCCAGCCCCAGCCCCAGCCCCAGCCAGGACCCCGAAGGCGACCCCCACGGCGAUUAUGUGUGAACUGACGCGCCUCAAGGCGCAGCAAAAGUACCUCGAGUGCCAUCAAGUCAGGCUGAAUGCCAGCCAUUUCCAGGAUAGCCCAGACGACGAGCCCAGCUCCGAAGGCAAUGGUGACCAGAGGCCAGGCAGCUCCUCCACCACAGCCCUAGCCAGCCUGAUCAACGAGAUUGAGCGCCUGCAGUUCGAGCUGGACGAGAAAAUGCAGGUCUACCGCUCCGCCAAGCGCAACGAGGAGCAGGACAUGUGGCACUUUGUGACCACCAUGAAGGAGGACGUCUUCCGGCCGGAGCGACUCAGCAUGUUCACGGUCAACGCCCUGAGAGAGCGAAUCAUCGGCCUGAACGGCCAGCUGGAGCGUUUGAGUGCGAAGAACUCGAAGGAACUGCAGACUCUGCGAGAGGAGUACCAGCAGUUGGAGCGGGAGAAUAAAUUCAUAUGGAGGGGCAGCCUAUAGGCAGUCCCCGAUCUCCCGAUUUAUCGCGAGAAAGAAUGUUUUAUACAAAUUAUGAUUAAUAAAUGCACAAGAUUGAUAAAAGCAUUCAAAGGAAAACGCACA